AAAGGAACUUUGCCUUUUUCCUGUACAGGAGACAAAUUGGUUAGCUUACUUUUUGAGAAAGAAACUUCUCCUUGAGGGAUAGCAAAAAGAUUGGAGCAUCUCACCAUAGGUGGUAGUAUGGAAAUGUCACCUAUUGUCCAUCAGCCACAAGCUCACAGGACCACAAGGAGUUGUGAAUGGCAGACUGAGCUCUGUGACUGCGGAAGCGACUGUCGCAUCUGUCUGUGUGGAGCCUUCUGCUUCUGUUGCUUGGGAUGCAAAGUGGCCAAAGAUAUGGACGAAUGCUGCUGCUGUGGGCCAGCUGUGGCCAUGAGGACACGGUAUCGGACUUUGUACAACAUCCCGGGAUCCAUCUGCUCAGAUUGUGUCACUGUCACCUGCUGUGGUCCCUGUAAUCUUUGCCAGCUCAAAAGAGAUAUCAACAGGAGAAAGCAAUUAGGGAUUUUCUAGGUUUCCCAGAGGGAAGCAGAAGAGCUUGAAGAAGAAUGUGUUCAUGCUCAACAUCUCAGGACCUCAGUAUAUCUUCUGCGAAGUUCCAUGUGGCUUGUUUGCUUCUGCCUUAGCACUUUGUGGUUUGUAUUGUGGCUUGCAGAUCAUAACUUAUGCUGUGUCAGCAUGUGGUUUUUACCAGCAAAUUGUGCCUUAUUCAAUAAACCAGAAUAAUGUGUGA